UGCAGGCUUUUUCCAAUGCUAUCUGGGAUCCUUGGGACAUCCCUAUCCUCAUUGAAGUUGACAUUGAAAAUGAUUAAGGGAAGGAAGGGUCCGGGUUAGGAAAGGAUUAAGGUUAAAGUUAGGCUAAGGGUAGGAGUUAGGGUAUGGGCGUCGCAACGAUUCCGUAUAGCACCAACGCUCUGAUUCGCUCAGGAAAUGUGUCUUUACUGGCCGGUGAGGUUAGUAUUCUAAUCGUCCCUUAGCAACUCGUCUCUAACAAGAUACAACACAGGCAGAGAAAACAGCAUUGCUGGAGUGGAAAAUGGAAUAUGGAUUCAAUCAAGAGGAGCGUGUAUUUUCCGCGAAGAAGAUCCAGAAAUACUGGAGGUCUCACCAAGACAGAAGACUUUUCCAGCUGAUGUCGCUCACUGUUCGUGCUGCUGAGCACUGUCUUGCACCUGCUAUUCUCCGCCAACUCAGCCCCAGAGAAGCUGAUCUGGUCAGAGAUCCAAGCAUGCACUGCAAGGUCAGAUUCAGAUUUUCAGGUUCCCAGUUUCCUCCAGUGAUUGUCUUCAAGAUAUUCCACCUUGGAGGAGGAAGACAAUAUAUUUCUGGGAAAAGAGUGUUCCGACCAUCUAAUCAGGCCACAACAGACACCUGCAGGAUGAUGGGAAAUAGGACAUUCAUCAAUCACAUUAUUGCUGAUGAGAUCCAGAGGCAAGGGAGAAUGAUUUCUGACACGUCGUAUAUCACCUCUAUGAGGGACUUUAUGCAGUACUCAAGUCACCUUGACGAGCUACCUGCAUACCUUGGAGGGCGAGAGAACACUUGGAGGUUUCUCUCUCUUCAAGGACUGUCACGAAACAUCCUACAGUGGGAUAGCUUGGAGGUGGGCGGGAAGGGCACUGUGGCAGACAGGCUAAGGCAAGAGCUGCUGCUGUUAGCGCCUCAAAUUCCUUGCCCUCUGAUUGGAGGAGCAAUCCCACCUCGGAUGCUCAGGUCUCCUGCUGCUCCCCCCUCUUCUGUGGUUUCUACAGCACGCCAUGCCUCACAACCUGCCACUAGCUCCACCCCCCUCCCCUCAACUCGCCGCUCUGCCCGUGCACGCACCUCAGCUGCCCGCAUGAGACAUCUGUAUAUCCUUGGGGGUACACCGAAGGAUGAGAAUAAUGAAACAACAGAGAAAAACCACAACCCAGAGAGAGGAGAGCAAGAGAAAGACAUGGAAGGAAGUGUUGUAAAGCCUGAAGCACCCCAGAUAUUUUGGCCAUUGGGAUUGGAGGAAGACUCCAGUGAGAAUUCCCUCUCGGAUUCUGAGUGGGAAGAGGAAGCAGAGAAACUCUGCUUGUGGACAAGACAGCUUGCUCUGGAUGAUAUGGACAAUGUGCCAUCCACCUGAACUAGAACUUCAACUUGAGCAAGACUAACCCUAACCCAAAAACCAUUUUCCACUCCUAUAUGGCUGUUCAUUUUCUCUUCUCUUGCUUUGCACACAAAUCUAAUAAAAAUGCUUGUGUAAAUUACAGUGUAUUAGCCUACAGCUGUGACUGGCUAUUCUACAAUCCUCAACCUAAGGCCUGGGCUUUCGUGUUACAGGUGGUAGAGCAGUAGCCUCGAUAAGACUGGAAGACUGUGCCAUAAAACUAAGAUCAAGCCUGUCAGCUGUUCUCUCUCCCGCUACAUUUGCGGCAGUGGUGGGAUUAUUAUGGUGGCGUCACAGGUGCUGGAGAAGUACGUGUCACCUGCUAGCAGUGGGGCUUUGUGCAUGUGUAACCGGUUCUGUACCAGUACCUUUCUGCGUUGUGUUCUGGUGAGGUGUAGGUGGAAGGGAAGAGAAGGUUCUGGACAUAAUUCUGACGGUUGUCUCUCUUUUAAUGACUGCAUGGAAUGGAUACAAAUAGAAGGCAAACGUUUAUGCUGCCGUCUGGACUUAGGCUGGACAAUAGAAAGAGUCAAAAUUCACCCAAUGCUGACAAAUGGCAAAAUAACGUUGGCUAAACUGGAACACUAGCGCGAGCCCAUAGCAAAUAAAUGGAAUUGAAGUUCGCAGAGCCUCUGACUGGAGUGACGCUUAGAAUUCCAUUUAGCCUAAAUGGAACCAAAAAAAUGUAGCCCUUUUUAUUUUACCACUACAAUCUGUUCUUAGGACGAAACUGAAAAAUAACUAAUGUAGAAAGUAAACAUCCGCACCUCGAUGGUGCCAAGACAGGGAUGCAAACUGGUGAGGGCCCAAAAAGGUGACACUUGUAAAAAAAAAUCCCUGCUAGGGGGAAAUGCAGGUUUUAACUAAUUAUACAACAAAGAAUAUGAUCUACAUGAUCAGUCUGUUGUGUAAAUUAAAAAGUGGUUAAUGUGAACCUAACUCACAGCUAAAAAAUGUAAAGAAAGCAACCCGGUGUUAUUUGUUUCCUAGACUUACCUGCAAAUGACACUCAAGUCUUGAGAAAAAAACAAUACACUAAUAUUGCAGUUACCCAUGACAGCCUUUAUAAUAGGACGCUUGUGACCAUACACAUCUAAAUAUUGCACUUGGGGAAAAAAAAACACAUUUUAAAGUAGAAAUAGCAUGAAACAAACAGGCUGUCACGCCCCGACUUUAGUAUUCUUUGUUUUCUUUAGGUCAGGGUGUGACAUGGGUGAUAUGUGUGUUUUUGUCUCAUUCUAGGGUGUUUGUUACUGUCUAGGUUUUUUUUUGUAGAUUUAUGGGGUUGUUUUCAUCUAGGUGUUUAUGUUGGUCUAUGGUUGCCUAGAUUGGUUCUCAAUUAGAAGCAGGUGUUUAUCGUCGUCUCUGAUUAGGAACCAUAUUUAGGCAGCCAUCCUCUCUGGGUAUUUCGUGGGUAAUUGUCUGUGUAGUUGCCUGUGUCAGCACACGGUAUCAUAGCGUCACGUUCGUGUUGUUUAAGUGGUCUUCAUUCAAUAAAGAAUAAUGUAUUCUAACCACGCUGCGCUUUGGUUCCCUCCAUACGACGAUCGUGACACAAUGACGCAAUGUAGAUAUCAAAGAACGCGCAGUUCGCGGGUAGAGUAGUGGGUGAAACCAUUCAUUUCAGGAAAAUGUGUGAAAUAAAUAAAGUUUCCUUUCAUUGUGUGUUGUUGAAUUCAUAAUAUUUGCUGUCAUUGUAGUAAGGUUGGCAAUACGAUAGGUCUUCUGACUUACCAUGUUGUGUUAUUUUCUUUGAAAGAACAACUAGUGGGUUUUGAGUGCUUCUCCCCUAUUUGGGAAAUUGGUCUGCCUUAUUUUCUAAACACAACGCAUGUAUACUAUAUGAUCACUUUGUGGAAUGAGUCUGAGAGAUAUUCUGAAGGCAGUGAAUGUGGCUGUGACCAUCCUGUC